AUGGCCGCCUCCCCGAAGGUACAACUCCUCACAGCACUGAUCUCCCUCUUCGUCCCCUUCCUCCUCUCCUGCUCAGCCACUGACAUACACGAUCUCCUCCCGAGGUACAACCUCCUGGAGGGCCUACUCUUGAGGGAGGUCGAAUCUUACACCCUCUCCGACACCGACGAUUCCUUCACGGUGGAGCUCAGUUCGAGCCCCUGCUACGUUAGAUUCGGCGAUCAACUUAUCUAUUACGAUAACAUCAUUAGGGGAAAAUUGGCGCGUGGGAAAGUGAGCGACGUAUCGGGGAUUCAGGCUAAGAAAUUUUUCCUUUGGGUACCCGUGACCGGAAUCGAAGUUGACGAGGAGAAUCAGAUGAUCGAUUUUCACGUCGGCGCUCUAUCUCAAAAGCUCCCGGCUAAGGAUUUUGUACAACUCCUCACAGCACUGAUCUCUCUCUUCGUCCCCUUCCUCCUCUCAUGCUCAGCCACCGACAUACACGAUCUCCUCCCGAGGUACAACCUCCUGGAGGGCCUACUCUUGAGGGAGGUCGAAUCUUACACCCUCUCCGACACCGACGAUUCCUUCACGGUGGAGCUCAGUUCGAGCCCCUGCUAUGUUAGAUUCGGCGAUCAACUUGUCUAUUACGAUAACAUCAUUAGGUGA